AAACGUCUAUCAGGAAAAGAAAAAAAAAAAUGGAAGCUAUGUCUAAAACCUGCACAAAGAUCAUGACAAACCCAUCUCCGAGAACUCAUCAAACCCUAACUCCAGUCAGCAAGAUUCCGGUCAACCUGAGCCUUAACGCCGGGAAGAAGAGGCCGGUUGCUGCUGCUAGAUGUGUGGCUUCAGGAUCAGGUUAUGCGGCGGCAAUGGAGCCAAUUACGCCGGAGGAAGAGGAGGAACUGACUCAGAGAAGAGGGAUUUGUGGGGGAGAAGCAAACAGAGGAGUAGGGGAGCUCUUGGAAUGCCUUGAGAAGGAAGCUAUUAUGGGGGAGGAUGAUGGGAAAGACCCUAAAGAUUACAACAGAAGAGCAAAGAUUUUUGACAAGAGUUCUAAGAUCUUCAAGAACAACAAAGAACAGAGAAAUCAGUCUCCGGAAUAAGAAAAUUGUUGCUCGUUUGUAUUUAAUUCUCAUCAGUAUUUGAUUCCUUGUACCUGCACUUUUCUUUAAAUUUGCAAGGAUCCUCUCAUUGUAACACGAUCUUAGUAAUAGACGUUUUCUUCUUCUGAA